AUGCAAGGUCUUAUGGGCUCUGGCAUGCCUUGGGGACGAUAUGAUGAUAUGUUCGCUGGAUGGGCAAGUAAGGUGGUGGCAGAUCACCUGGAUCUUGGUGUCAAAACAGGAGCACCUUAUAUUCGACACAAUAAAGCUUCGAAUCCAUUCACCAACCUUAAGAAGGAAUAUAUGGGGCUGUUCUGGCAAGAAGAUAUUAUUGCUUUCUUUCAAAAGGUGCGAUUCUCAUCAUCUGCAAAAACUCCCCAAGAGUGCUAUUUAGAACUGGCUGAAAUGAUUCGUGCAAAUCUGAGCCAUUUGAAUGAAUAUUUCAGUCGGCUAGCUACAGCCAUGAAAAUUUGGAUUGAACAAUGGGAUCGAGCUCAAAAUAGUGAGAUUAUUUUUAGACCCAGUCGACAAAAUCGACGAAAGAGUACCAAUAGUUCAUUUGCUGUACUGACUAUUUGUCGUAAUGAGCCUGGAUACUUACCUAUUUGGCUAAAAUACUAUCGCCGCUAUUUCGCCGAUGGGGAUAUUUACAUUUUGGAUAACGAUAGUGACGAUGGAUCGACAGCAAAUCUGUCUGUGAAUGUUAUUCGUGUUCACUCCGAAAAAUAUUUUGAUCAUUAUUGGCUAGUUGGAACUGUUCAAAAUCAUACACGAAAUUUACUCGAAAGUGGUUACAAAUAUGUUUUGUUUUGUGAAAUCGAUGAAAUAGUUGUACCUGAUCCGGCUAAAUAUCCGUUGGGCUUGAUCGAUUACAUUAAUAGAACAAAACUCAUGGUUGUUCGUGUCAAAGCGUACGAUAUUCGUCACAAUGUAAGCUUAGAACCCAAACUGAAAUUAAAUGAAUCGAUUCUUCAACAGCGUCGUUAUUGGAUGCGACACGCAAAUUAUGAUAAACCCCUCUUAACAAACAUAGCACUACAUUGGGUUCCCGGUUUCCAUAGCUGUCAAGAACCUGCGACCAAGGACGAAAAUUUGAUUAUGUUUCACUUGCAACGAAUGGAUCAUGACUUUUACACGAAGCGCGCUGAUUGGAAAAGUCGACAGAACCUUAAAAUGGAUGAUAUAAAGAAAGGGAUGGGAGUCCAACAUGCUUUCCGUGGUGAACGAGCAGAAAACUUCUUCAAAGAAAUUACUGGUGAGAUAUCGGAAAUUCCGAUACGUUAUCGAUCUAUGGCUAUCUUCUAA